CGCCCAUUAACUAUAAUUGAUAUGCUUCUGUUUAUUAGCAUUUUUAUAAAACUUGUGUGAACUUAACUUACUCAACAUGACGGUUGAUGUAAAGGAUUGGGACAUGAACAAAGUUGAUGAUGGAGUUAUUAAAAUUGUUGGAGAAGUUCAGUUGAGAAAAUAUGGAAAAUUUUUGGAAGAGUAUAGUACACAACUGAGGGCCAUUGAACACGCACUUGAUGAAACACUUAGUGAUGUUUGGAAUUCAGAAUUAGAUCCAGUGUCGCUGCAGUUGCUGCCUUAUGAGAGAACAACUGUUUUGGAAUUGAUAUCAACUGAUAAUAAGGUUUUGAACAAAGUAGUUUCAGUCCUUGCUGUUUUGUGCUGUGAAAUUGAUCAACUGUGUUAUGAAGCAAAAUCUAAAUUUUUCCCAGCUCUUUUGUUUUAUGGGGAAGGAGAAUCUCCUGGUGCAUUGCAAGAUGGAGAAGCCCAUAUUUAUUUGGGUCGAAUGAUUCCUUUUAUGCAGACUGUCUAUAAGCAUCUGGGUUUUCUUUUAACUACUUUGAUGACACUCGAUGAAAUCAUCGAUGGGCAAGUCACACUCCGAGAGCACUGGACUCAGUACAAAAGAAUGCUUGUUUCUAUACAUCAUAAUCCAUCAAAGUUGGGUCUUUCUAUUGAGAAAUUGAGACCCUUUGAAAAAGUUAUUUCCAAACUAGAAAAUCAACUGUUAGAAGGAAGCAUAUUCAUGGGAUGUGUGGAGCAAAAUUUUGAUGACAGUAAAAACUUUGUAUCCAAAAAUAGCUAUUUUGCUGAAGAAUUUGCCUUAAAUAUAAAGAAUCAAUUGAUUGUUAAUGAGCCCAGAUUAGGAGAAAGUAAUGAAUAUGAUUCUCGUUUGCGAAUCCCGGACAUUUGUUGCCUGUUUGUUCUUCAUUUUUAUUUGUACCGUACAGUGGAUAAGAAAUUUUUUAAAGCUCUUUGGGACACUUAUAAAAAGGUGCCUGCUGUGCCUUUAAUUGGUAAUAUAUUAUGGUUUCCUGAUCUGUUUUUGUUGACGCGUGUUCCUGCAAUGGCUCGAACUUUUGACAGAAAAGCUCAAGAAGCUGUCAAAUUUGCAAGACAAACAUACUUACAGCAAAGAACUCAAAAUAUUGUCAAGUAA